AUGGGCGAGCAUAAUCUCCUGAAUCCCGGGUUUGUGGGGCCGCUGGUGAACAUCCACACGGGAGACACGUUCUACUUCCCCAACUUCCGCGCGUCCGGGGCGCAGCUGCCAGGGCUGCCUUCGCUGUCCUACCCGCGCCGCGACAAUGUGUGCUCGCUGCCCUGGCCGUCGGCGGAGCCCUGCAAUGGCUACCCGCAGCCCUAUCUCGGCAGCCCGGUGUCGCUCAACCCGCCCUUUGGCCGCACGUGCGAGCUGGCGCGAGUGGAGGACAGCAAGGGUUACUACCGCGAGCCCUGCGCGGAGGGCGGCGGCGGGGGCCUGAAGCGUGAGGAGCGCGGGCGCGAGCCGGGCCCGGGAGUCGGGCCGGGGGCAGCGUUGCUGCAGCUGGAGCCGUCGGGGCCGCCCGCGCUCGGUUUCAAGUACGACUACGCGGCCGGCGGCGGCGGUGGCGACGGUGGCGCGGGACCCCCUCACGACCCACCCUCGUGCCAGUCACUGGAAUCCGACUCCAGUUCGUCCCUGCUCAACGAGGGCAACAAGGGCGCCGGCGCGGGCGACCCGGGCAGCUUGGUAUCUCCUUUAAACCCCGGCGGCGGGCUCUCGGCCAGCGGCGCGCCCUGGUACCCGAUCCACAGCCGCUCCCGGAAGAAGCGCAAGCCCUAUUCGAAGUUGCAGCUGGCGGAGCUGGAGGGGGAAUUUCUGGUGAACGAGUUCAUCACACGGCAGCGCCGGAGGGAACUCUCAGACCGCUUGAAUCUUAGUGACCAGCAGGUCAAGAUCUGGUUUCAGAACCGGAGAAUGAAAAAGAAAAGACUUCUGUUGAGGGAGCAAGCUCUCUCCUUCUUUUAG